AUGCCUCCAGCUCAGGUAUCCGAUCCCGACGUUGAUGUUGAAAUGAACCAUGAAGAGGAUGAUGAUCAGGUUGAGCGCCUCAUCAACGAAGAGUAUAAGACAUGGAAGAAAAACAGCCCCUUUCUAUACGAUAUGAUUCUGGGGACGGCCUUGACGUGGCCAACUCUGACUGUCCAGUGGUUCCCGGACGUCAAGGAACCAGAGGGCAAGAACUACCGCAUGCACCGCCUGCUCCUUGGCACGCAUACGUCCGACGAGAGUACAAAUUUCCUGCAGAUUGCCGAUGUUCAAAUCCCCAAAGCUGUCACGCCGAACCCGGCCAAUUACGAUGAGGAGCGAGGCGAAAUUGGUGGCUAUGGAAACUCUAGCGACGUUGCUGCCAUCAAAUGCGACAUUGUCCAGAAGAUUGAGCAUCCCGGUGAGGUAAACAAGGCUAGGUAUCAGCCUCAAAACCCAGAUAUCAUCGCCACGCUUUGUGUCGAUGGCAAGAUCCUCAUCUUUGACCGCACCAAGCACCCUCUUCAGCCAACCACUCUUGGCAAGGUGAAUGCCCAGAUUGAGCUGGUUGGUCACAAGUCGGAAGGGUUCGGCCUCGCCUGGAAUCCCCACGAGGCUGGAUGCCUAGCUUCCGGAAGUGAAGACAAGACAAUGUGCCUAUGGGACUUGAAAACGCUCGAGGCCGAAUCCAAAAUUCUCAAGCCGUCGCGCAGAUACACUCACCAUACACAGGUUGUCAAUGAUGUGCAAUAUCAUCCCAUCUCGAAGAAUUUCAUUGGGUCUGUUAGUGACGACCAAACACUUCAAAUUGUUGAUAUCAGACAUGACAACACAUCUACGGCAGCUCUCGUUGCUAGACGCGGCCAUCUCGAUGCAAUUAAUGCCCUUGCUUUCAACCCUAAUUCAGAAGUCCUUGUUGCUACCGCCUCUGCAGACAAGACUGUUGGCAUCUGGGAUCUAAGAAACGUCAAAGAGAAGGUUCACACCCUCGAGGGACACAAUGAUGCCGUGACGAGCUUAUCAUGGCACCCAAGUGAGGCUGGAAUCUUGGGUAGUGGUAGCUACGACAGGAGAAUCAUAUUUUGGGAUCUCUCUCGCGUGGGAGAAGAGCAACUGCCUGAUGACCAAGAUGACGGACCCCCAGAACUGCUCUUCAUGCACGGCGGACAUACCAAUCACCUUGCCGACUUCAGCUGGAACCCCAACGAGCCAUGGCUAGUUGCCAGUGCCGCCGAGGACAAUCUGCUGCAAAUCUGGAAGGUCGCAGAGUCUAUUGUCGGCAAGGAUGACGGCGAGUUGCCUGUCGAUGAGCUUGACCGAUAG